CAUAGCCGGUGGACCCUCACCGAAAUAUAAAAAACAAUAUUCCGUAAAAUAGUAGAUUCAGUGGUUAAGCAGAUGAGUUGUUUCCAGCCAGCCUGGUCGAGCAUUCUACACGUUGUGGCUAGACUAGACUAGACUGGAUGGCCCCACAGUAUCAGAAUCCGCCCGAAUACUAUAGAUGCCAUUCUCCCAAACUCCCCUUUGCUUCGCUAUCCCCGCCUCCGGAGACCUCCAUUUUGUAGAUCUAACGUCAGCAUUUAUCUUAAAGCUUUGUUCGGAAUUCCACCAUGGUUGCCCAGGGAUUCACUGUGGAUCUGAAUAAACCCCUCGUCUUUCAGGUUGGCCACCUUGGAGAAGCUUAUGAGGAGUGGGUUCAUCAGCCUAUUGUUAGUAGAGAAGGCCCUCGUUUCUUUGAGAGUGACUUUUGGGAGUUUCUAACCCGCACUGUGUGGUGGGUAAUUCCUCUUGUUUGGCUCCCAGUCGUAUGCUGGUUCAUUUCAAUGUCUUUUAGGAUGGGUCACACCCUUCCUCAAGUGGCACAAAUGGUGGUACUGGGUAUUUUCAUUUGGACACUGGUAGAAUACAUUCUUCACCGUUUCCUUUUCCAUAUCAAGACAAAGAGCUAUUGGGGAAAUACCUUUCAUUAUCUUAUUCAUGGCUGUCAUCACAAGCACCCUAUGGAUGGGCUACGUCUAGUAUUUCCUCCCGCUGCUGCUGCUGUCUUAUGUUUCCCAUUCUGGAACUUGGUAAAGGUCUUUUCCACUCCUUCUACUACUCCUGCUUUGUUCGGAGGAGGUUUACUGGGCUACGUGAUGUAUGAUGUAACACAUUACUACUUGCACCACGGGCGACCAAAAAGUAACAUGCCAAGAAAUCUCAAGAAAUAUCACUUGAAUCACCAUUUUCGCAUUCAGGACAAAGGUUUCGGUAUCACUUCCUCAUUGUGGGAUAGAGUGUUCAGAACAUUACCCCCAUCAAAAUCAGAUGUGAAGAGUUGAUAAUUGUAAUCAGAAAUAUUUGUCAAUGAGUGAUCAUUAUUAGAAAGGCCUUAGAAAUUCUUUUCUCAAAGUACAUCCCUUCAUCAACAGUAAUGUGCCCCACCGGACAUUAUCAAGAAAUUUUAUUAUUAGCGGCUCUCUUGGCAGUGUUAGUGUAUGACAAUGCUUUGGAAACUAUGUAUAUGCAUCAUCCUUGUUUGUUAAUCAUUAUUUGAAAUCGUUUAUAAAUCGCAAUAUAAAGAAUUAGCAGUUGUACUUUGACUCUUUGAGUUUGAACAAAUGUUAAUGAACCUAGGG